GCACACUCUUACUUCGGCCGCUUCGCCAGAUGGGCCCUGAGGGAGUUCCUGUCGGAAGCGGCAUCGGCCGUGGACCAGGCCACAGCGACUCCGGCGCACAUCCUCGAAAGACUCGGUGUCUGCAUCCCCAUGAUGGAGGCAGCCCCGUCGGAGAAGAGCCCUUCGCAUGUCAUGCUGAGCCCUUGUGCUGGGUUGCUUCCGGCCGGUCACGGCUUUCAGCGCGGCGAUUGGUUGCUGUGCACCUUCCCGCCGACGGGGACACCUGGCAUCAGCGUCACCACCCGGGGCGACGUGAGCGUCGAAGCCGAGGUCGUGAACAUCACGCCGCCCCCUGGGCAAGGCAUUCUGGUGAGGAUGGUGGGUGAGCUAGGGAAGAACGCAGGUGAAAAGUUCAACAAGAAGACCUGCCGCGUCGAUCGCGUGGCCAACCAUGUCACUCUGGGCCGCCAGCUGAGCGCCCUGGUAACUCUUGGUGGCUCCACAGGAGAGAAGAAGCCUGAUCCCCCAGCGGAGGGUGGCAAGAAAGGGAAGAAGGGCAAGAGCAAGGAGUCCAACUCCCCUGCCUGGCUGAAG